GCCAGGAGGCAGCGAGACAGUCAGGGACGCGGGGACGCGGGGACGCCAGAAGGCAAGGCUGCAGAGAGAGAGACCAGGGCAAGGAGGGAGCUCGCGGACACCUCUCGGAGCCUCGCGGGAGACUGGCCGCCUUUCCGUUUUUCUCUGCUUCUGGCUCGGUCUCUGCGGCCGCCACUCUCCACCACGGACAUCCUGGCCGCCUGCCGGGCCCUGCGCUCCUAGCCCUUCUGCUCUCUCCCCGGCUCUGCUGUUGGAUUUAAGCUAGGGACAGUCCGCGGGGCUUGGCCAAGCCCAGUGCACAGAGCUUUGUAAACAGGCUAUUUCAGCAUCCGUCCAGCUGCGCGUCGGUCUGCUUCCCCCCGCAGCCGCCCGUAAACAUUGAGUGUGCUGAACUCUGCUGGCGGCAGACUUUUUGCCGUGGGCACUUGGGGUGCCUCGGAUUUAUGCUGCGGUAGAGCCCUCCUUCCCCCAGGGCAUUCGGUAUCCACGCCUCUCCCGCUCAGACAAGGCGGCGGCUCGAGGGGGCGGGUGGCCGGGCGGCCAGGCAGAGGCGCCUCUAGGCCCGCUCCCUCGCCAUUGAUGGUGACCAAUGUUAGCGGUGGGGCCCAUGGAUGCCAACCCCCGCCAGAGCGCCUUCGUGCUGAGCAGCACGCCUCUGGCUGCUCUCCAUAACAUGGCCGAGAUGAAGACGUCGCUGUUCCCUUAUGCUUUGCAGAACCCAUCCACCUUCAAGGCUCCUGCCCUGAGCGGCCUUAACGCCCAGAUGCCGCUGGGCACUCCGCACGGCAUCAGUGACAUUCUGGGCCGGCCCGUAGGCGCCAGCAGCAACCUUCUGGGCGGCCUGCCAAGGAUCGGUGGGCUCGCCACGUCGGCCAGCAUGUAUUUCAACCCCGCUGCGGCCGCUGCAGCCGCUGUCUCCAGGUACCCGAAGCCCCUGGCAGAACUUCCCGGCCGCCCUCCUAUUUUCUGGCCCGGAGUCAUGCAGGGCUCCCCGUGGAGGGAUCCGCGGAUCGCCUGCCCUACUCAGGGCGGCCUGGCUCUGGACAAGGACGGCAAGAAGAAGCAUUCGCGGCCCACCUUCUCGGGCCAGCAGAUCUUUGCCCUGGAGAAGACUUUCGAGCAGACCAAGUACCUGGCAGGCCCCGAGAGAGCGAGGCUUGCGUACUCGCUGGGCAUGACCGAGAGCCAAGUGAAGGUGUGGUUCCAGAACCGGCGGACCAAGUGGCGGAAACGUCACGCGGCCGAGAUGGCGUCGGCCAAAAAGAAACACGACUCGGAGACCGAGAAGCUGAAGGAGAGCUCGGACAACGAGGACGACGACGAGUACAACAAGCCCCUGGACCCCAAUUCGGACGACGAGAAAAUCACGCGCUUAUUGAAAAAGCACAAAUCCACAAACUUGUCGCUGGUCAGCCCGUGCAGCAACAGCUCGGACGCUUUGUGAGCGGCGCGACGCAGCGGAGGGCGUGGGCUCCUAGGGGGCUGAGGCCCCGAGCCGUCCCAGAUUCGGGGGAGCCGCCCCUCCCCCCGGCCCCCCCAGGACU